ACACGACACAGGGCUCACAGGCGACAGCAGCAUUGUGUAUGUUUGUGUGUGAGUGGGGGGAUCACCAGACACCAUGACCAUCAGGAACACCCUGCGGGAUCAUGGGCAGAGGUACCGACCUCGGAUGGCUUGUCUCAAGAAGGCGGAGAAGGUGCUGCUGGAGAUGCAGGACCCCAAAACAGGAGUGAAGUCACAGCCUCAGAGACUGGUUAUCACAACAAUACCACACGCUAUCACAGGUGAAGACAUCAUCGCGUGGUUAGUGGACAGAUUUAAAAUAGACACACAAGAGGCAAGGAGUCUGGGCUCUAUGCUGGUGGCGUUAGGAUACGUCUACCCUCUACAAGACCACAAACGCUUACUGCUCAAACCAGAUGCGUCUCUCUACCGCUUCCAGACACCGUACUUCUGGCCCACACAGCAGUGGCCUGUUGAGGAUACAGAUUACGCAAUCUACCUGGCGAAAAGAAACAUCCGUAAGAAAGGUGUCCUGGAGCUGCACGAGCAGGAGCAGUAUAACCGUCUUCACAAGUGGAUGAAUCAUAAAUGGGACUUCAUAGUGAUGCAAGCUAAAGAGCAGUACAGGGCUGCGAAGGAGAGGAAGAAACCGGACCGUGUGGUGUUUGACUGCCAGGAGAGAGCGUACUGGGUGGUUCACAGACCUCCGCCGGGGACAGUGAGCGCUAUGGACUAUGGACUGGAUCGACUAACAGAUCCCAACGCAGACGAGGCCAAAACACCCGACUUCUACGACAGAAUCAUGAUCUUCACGCAGCAGUCCAUCAUGAGGCCCCGAGUGAAGUCAUCUGUGUCCAUUGGCGCAUUGGUGAAGUACUGCUCCACCUAUCACAGUCACGACCCUUUCCUCUCCAAGUGUCUUCCCAGCAACCCCUGGCUCACUGAUGAUGUCACGUACUGGACCUUGAACAUGCCCAGUGUGGAAAUACCAACGAAGAUGCGUGUGGAGAGGUGGACGUUUAGCUUCUCAGAGCUGCUCUCUGACCCUCGAGGACGAGACGAUUUCAGACUCUUCCUGAAGAAAGAAUUCAGCGGUGAGAACCUGGCGUUCUGGGAGGGUUGUGAAGAUCUGAAGUGGGGCGAAGCUGCGACUAUGAGAGAGAAAGCAGAGCAUAUAUACAAGACCUUCCUGGCACGUGGUGCACCGCGGUGGAUCAACAUCGACGGAAAGACGAUGGAAAUCACAGUGAAAGGCCUGAAACACCCACACAGAUACGUCCUGGACGCUGCCCAAACUCACAUCUACAUGCUCAUGAAGAAGGACUCGUACGGCCGGUACCAGAAAUCUCCCGUGUUUAAGGAGACGAUGAAGAAGGCCAUCUGUCCUGAGGAGCACAAUUUCACUGAUGCCCAGUUGGAGCAGAAUGCAAAGAAGAGACGGCCCAGUCUCAGUCCCAUCAUCCUCCGGCAGAUGGAGCAGGAGCAGAAGGCCAAGAUGGCCGCCAACGUUGACAUCACACAGCUGUGCCGCUUCACCACCCCUGUCCCCCACCUCGCCGUCUACUCUGGCAUCUCUGACUUCCCCACUGCCAAUGCCUCGCCCUCUCUCCCCUUCCCGGUCCACACUCCGGCCUGCCCGUCCCCCAUCAGCGUGGCCUUGGACAGCACCUCGGUGUCUGAACGGCGAGUGGAGGCCAGUGACGGAGAAGGCGAGGGGAACCCUGCUGCUCGGGCCCCCGUAGGUGGGAAUGUGUCCAAAUCUCGCAUGGCUCUGUCGCUGCGUCGUCUGCUGAGGCGCGGCUGUACACCUGCCACCAUGUUCGCCAGCUUGUCGCCCAAAUGCCACUCAGCUGCCGGGACAAGUAGCCGCAUUCAGCCCAUCAGCCCGGAUCAGCCCAGUCAGGCUCCACCAAGACGGAUUGGCAAUUUCUUCCAGAUUAAAGUGGAUAUCCCUCCAGAGUGCCGUAUCUACCCCAUAGAGUCUGAGGAUGAGGAGGAGGAUAGCAGGGCUGCCUCUCGGGGAGGAGUGGGAGCCAAAGAGAUCAUCUGCCCCUGGGAGAGCCUCACUCCACACAACGGGACCGGCUAAUCGGCUGCCUUCACACAGGUAUUAAAAAAAAUGGGGUUUUUAAAUCUGCGUCUGUCUGAGCAGGCAGAUUUUCCCAUGUUCUGGCAGAGAUAAAAGAUCCCAUACGGAGCAUAAAGGGGUAAAAUCUCUGUGUAAGUGUGGCCACAUUCUCACCACCAGGCCGCAAACCACGACAUAAAUACCAAACACGACACAAACAGUCACUCUGGGACACUCUGGAGACUCUGUUUACACUGAGCAUCAACCUACUGUGUCCAAGUUUAAACUCCUUAAAGGAAAACUACUGUAUGUCAAGAGUGUCAAACACACGCUGCCUGUGGGCCUGAAAGGACCCAGUUUCAUGUCUAAUCCUCUUCUCCACUGUCCACACUCAGUGUUUUAUAAAACAGUCAGUUUCUCCAAAAUAUGGCUGAAUACAUAGUUUAUUCCUGCUGUUUAUCACUGAGUCCCAGUUCCUCCAGUGCAGCUCAUCCCUUUUAAGAAAUAUUUGACCAGCCACCAAAAAAAGGCUGUAAAAGUUUUUUGUAUUUUAUUCUUUUUUUGUUUAACUGUUCAGUGAUAAUUUCUUUAAAGGGAGACUUUGAUAUUUUUCAGCCUGGACCAUAUUUUCCCAUAUUUUUGUGUUUAACGCCACCCUUCCAGGACAGCGCCCAGAGAUUUAAAGAAGGCCGGGUUCGUGCGUACAUACAAACAACAGUCAGAGACCUCCUCUUAGCGACCCGCAGUCGCAACCCUCUUGUUUUCCGCAGAGAACUCCAACACAAGCCACGAGUUUGGUUCCAGACCCAGUGCUGCAUGUGGAGGUGAGCCCAGCUACAUCUAGUUGGUACCACUCCACCUCCCGCACCAGCUCCCAUUCCUUCCCCACCAGAGUGGUGACAUUCCAUGUCCCUGGAGCCAGUCUGCGCCGCCGGGGAUCAGCACGCCUCGGCGCCAUCAGAAACUGGGGAGGUAUUAAGAGGAAUAUUGGAUUUCUCUGUAACGCUAACUUUUUAGCACAUUAACUAACAUUAGCUUCGAUAGCAAAACAAAAUGGAGAAAUCAGUUAAUCACGCAUUCACUCCACUUGGCGCUCUGCUGCUCCGUCUCCACAGACAGAGUGCUGAAAGUGUGCUCUGCCAGUCCAAGAGUGCGGUGCUCUGGAUAAACGAACGGUACAUUCAGACAGCGCUCCGAAUCUACGGUCCAGUUCGUGCCAGAGUCACUCCGACACUCAGAAUGAGUAUUUCUGAAUCCACCACUUGUAUCAUCUUCCUCCGUUGUCUAAAACAAGACAACAGAACUUGCUAACUAGCGCUAGCUAAUGUCUGUGGAGACGUUUUGCCUCCAGCUAAGCCCCGCCCAUCAAAAAACAUCAUACUGUUUACUAACAGUAAAAGGGUCUAUAAAGCUCUGAAACCUUGACCUGUAUUACAGCAAUGUCUGCCCACAAUCAAACUAUAGCUGAGAUAUGGAGGUUUUUAUCCGGUGUUCAUCCAUUCUACUUUAACGACUCCCCGG